AUGGCUUACUGUGAGAGAAGGGCCCUAGAGAAUUGUCGGACCACCCUGGUGGAAAGACUCCACCCUACAACCCAGUUCCUGGGGUGGUUUGUACAGCAUGGGGUCAUGAAGGGGAGAGACUUCAACAAAAUUACGGAUAUAAGCACAAUGUCACAGAGGACAGAAAACUUCCUCUUUCAAGUGAUAGCCAGAAAACCUGGAGCUCUGAAAUUCCUCAUCCACAAACUGAAGGCUGACAAACGCACAGCAGACCUCGCCAAGAAACUGAAAGAUGAGGUGGAACAAGUGGAAUUUAUCCGCAGACAGAAGGUGGAACAAAGAAAACACAGGAAGAUCCUCAAGCUCCAACAAGAACUCAGCAACCUCUACUUGUUUGCUUUUGGUGAAUACUUUGUAAAUGAUAAUUCCAUAGACUUUCACUUACAAAAAUUUAAGGAACUACAGCACACCUUUGGCCAUGCUAAAUCAUUUCCAGAGAUGGUCAAAAUCAUCCUGGCUAAAAAUGCCGAGUUCGUUAUGUGGAUGAGGGAAUUAGAAGCAGUACAGACAGCUAUGGUAGAUUUGAAAUCAGACUAUAAGAGAAGAACUUGUGUCAUCAGGGAACAGUUAAAAAAGUAUGAACAGAAGAACAAAGACCUGGAGGUUGAGAACGAGACACUCAGGCAAAAUGUUCAAAGCAUGGAUACCAGUGAGCUGUAUGCUUUGGAGACUUGUCGGAAAGACAUCAGUAAUAAUCUUCUGGUGACCGAUGCUGUUCUACGUCGACUGGAAAGUACGGACAUGAUAUCCCACCGGGAUAGAAUGUGUUUCAUGAGAAUAAGACAGAGUUCAAAGAGAAACACCCAAUUAGCAGAGAUAAUGCGCAAGAAAGAAAAAGGUUUCAGUGCAUUUACGGAAGCUUUAAUGCUUGAGAGGAACAUAAACCAAUACUGUGUGGAUAAAAUGCAAAAAAUGGUGAAGCACCAUAAGCAGCAGCACAGGCUCAGAGAACUAAAAGAAACAGAUCUUGUCACAGAUGGAAAACCAUUCAGGGACACGAAAAAAUGUCCCAAGCCCUCAGUGGUGUUUGAGAGCUUCUACAAUUCAGUGGCUCCACUGGUUCAUGGUGAUAAUAAAGAAAACUGUAUGGAAAAUACAGAGAAGCAAAGCUGUGAUGGCAGUGACAUUGUGAAGGCCCUCAAACACUGCAGAAUGGCACUGGAUCCCAAAGAGGAAAAUUCAGAUGUUUCAUUAAAAGACCUGCAAAGCAAAUACCUUCAGAAGAAACUGCAGACCAUUGCCGAUGAUCUUCGAUCAGAAAGAAGCAUGUGGAAGAAAAGGAUGGAAAGUCUCCUAGUAGAAAAUGAUGAAUUAACAACAAAAGUGGAAGAACUUGAAAGUGAGCUACAGCAGGAACGGGAUGAAAAAGACAAAAUAAUUCGUGAAACAGUGGACAGAAUUGUCAAAGAGAGGCUGCUUCGACUAAAUCACGUAGAUACUAAAACUUCCUCUAAACCCAGUGUGACCAUCAACAUUCACAACCAUGGACAUUUUCAAAUGGGUGGUACUAAUGCCAUGGACCUGGACUCUGAUUCAACAUCAGAAUCGGACCAAUCAGAGAAGCCGGACUAUGAGAAUCAGAAUACACCGGACUUCCCUGGUCUGGCAGACAGCGUUCUGUAUUAAUUGGGACCAAUUUUCAAAAUCUACAUCAAACUCCUAUUAUCAAUGACUUUUGAAUGCUUCUGUGUGUUGUUUUACUUAAACAAUAAAAUGUUUUCUUUGGUUGUUAGUACAGAA